GGUCCUGACAACCAUGAGAGGCACAAGAGGCUAUCUUGCACCAGAGUGGAUUUCAGGAGUGGCGAUAACAGUGAAAGCUGAUGUUUACAGCUAUGGAAUGAUGCUGUUUGAAUUCGUGUCGGGACGACGAAACUCUGAGCAAUCUGAAGAUGGCAAAGUUAGAUUCUUCCCAAGUUGGGCUGCUAGCCAGAUAAGCACUGCAGAAACUGAUGUGCUGAGCCUAUUAGACCCCAGGCUAGAUGGAAAUGCUGAUGUACAAGAGCUCACAAGGAUUUGUAGGGUUGCUUGCUGGUGUGUUCAAGAUGAUGAGGCUCAUAGGCCAUCAAUGGGCCAGGUGGUGCAAAUCCUUGAGGGAGUUUCAGAUGUCAACUUGCCACCAAUACCAAGGUCUCUACAUGUCCUUGGAGACGACCAGGAGCACAUAAUCUUCUUCACUGAGUCAUCCUCAAGCCAGAGUUCACAUCAAAGGAGCAAUAACAAUUCAACCAAGAGCACCACAUCUUCAACCAUCUCCAAGAGAUAUGAAGAAGAGCAUCCAAUAAACACUUGAUGUGCCUUUUCCAUUUGGUCAUU